AUGACCGACUCGUGCUGCUGCUCCCCUUGCUGCCAGCCUACGUGCUGCAGGACCACCUGCUGCAGGACCACCUGCUGCCAGCCCAGCUGCUGCGGGUGCGGCGGCGGCUGUGGACAAGGCGGCAGCGGGUCCAGCUGCUGCGGGUCCAGCUGCUGCCAGCCUUGCUGCUGCCGCCCCACUUGCUGUCAGACCACCUGCUGCAGGACCACCUGCUGCCGGCCCAGCUGCUGUGUCUCCAGCUGCUGUCAACCCAGCUGCUGUGGGUCCAGUGGCUGUGGACAAACUUGCUGUGGGUCCAGCUGCUGUCAGCCAGCCUGCUGUACCCCCGUGUACUGCAGGAGAACCUGCUACUUCCCCACCUGCUGCUGCUUGCCUGGAUGCCUAGCCCAGGGCUGUGGAUCCAGCUGCUGCUAG